AGAGGCAGCCGCUGGGACGGAGCGCAGGGCAGUGGGAGCGCCGUCUUGUGGAGACCAGGCUCCAGAGCCGGAUUUAUGGCUCGCAGCUGUUGAGUGGCUGACAGACGUGUGAGGAGCUCAGGCGCUGCUGCUCAUACCAGCUCCAGCUCUGCUUGCUGUUGCGUAGGAAACCGGACUGCUGUGGCUCAACACACGGCGGCAGCAGAUGGUGCGGGAGCAGUAUGUCACCACCACCCAGGGCAGCAGCCCGACCCGGCCGGAGCCCGACCACGUCUACAAGAUCGGCAUCUACGGCUGGAGGAAGCGCUGCCUCUACCUCUUCGUCCUGCUGCUCAUCGUCGUCCUGGUGGUCAACUUUGCCCUCACCAUCUGGAUCCUCAGGGUGAUGUGGUUCAACACGGAAGGGAUGGGACGUCUCCAAGUGCACUCGGAUGGGGUCAAGCUGGAGGAGGGCGAGUCGGAGUUUCUGUUCCCCGUCUACGCGCAGGAGAUCCACUCCAGAGAAGACUCUUCACUUUUAGUUCACUCAAUGGAAAAUGUUUCCCUUAAUGCCCGCAAUGAAAAUGGUGAUGUCACGGGGAGGAUAUCAGUGGGUCCAAAAGAGGCUCAGGGACACGGCCGGAAUCUGCUCGUUACCUCGCACGAUGACAACAUGCUGUUCGCUGCAGAUGGCGACCAGGCUGUGAUUGGACCGGACAAACUGCGAGUCACAGGUCCUGAAGGGGCUCUGUUCCAGCAUUCAGUGGAGGUGCCGGUGCUGAGAUCCGAACUUUUCAAAGACCUCAGGCUGGAGUCUCCCACCCGUUCCCUCAGCAUGGACGCUCCGAAGGGGGUUCACCUCAAAGCGCUGGCUGGCAACGUCGAAGCCGCCUCCAACAUGGACGUGGUCCUGCAGUCCAGCCUGGGACUGCUUGUGCUGGACGCCGAGACGGUUCGCAUGCCCAGGCUGCCUCUGAGCAGAGACGGGGUCCCAGGAAGCGAGCCGGACGUCUUCGAGGUCUGCGUCUGUCCCAGCGGCAAGCUCUUCCUGUCCAAGGCGGCGGUCAGCUCCACGUGCAGCGAGAAUCAGGAUUGUUAGAUAGAUUCUGACAAGGUAAUCGGUUUUCUCCCUCUCAGUGGACCUGUCUCCUGAGAGGCAACAAGCACAACUGUUUAUGUCCGGGCAGUUUUUAAAACGUAACCACAGUGGCGCUAUGACAACCUUAGUACGAAAGGUCCCACUGGUACUUGGAGGCCUGUGAAAGUACUAAUUCCUGCUGUCGUACAUGUUGGAGAUGCGGUGAAAAGCAUCCGUUCGGUAUUUAUGCCCAUUUAACUGUUCAGCUGAAGCAAACUGGCACUAAAUGUAUGUCCAUCAGGGCUUUGUGGAAAAUGUCUUUACACAGUAUCAUGGCUGGGCAAUGAGGAGCUGGUAACAGCUUACAUCCUAUGCAAUAUUAUCGUGAGGUGCAAUAAAUGAAACUGACAUACAGUGGAGCCCAGAGUCUGAGAGCGAACCGUGAUAUUUUCUUGAAGCUGAAGCUGGGGAUAAAUCAAGUUUGAAGAUUUCAAAAGAGGUUAUGGGAUGGGAAACCAAAUGUAUUAUUUGUGGGUCAGAAUCCAGAUCUAAGCUAAUUUGUGACAAUGACCUUGUAAAGUCAAAGCUGCUACUUGGGUUCACCUGAGCAAUAACCACAAGGUUUUUUGCUUGAACAUCCCUAAGUAGUUUAAAUCCACCUGAUUAUAUGGAAGACGUAAAUCUCAUAACUUGUUUAUUUACAGUUUUCUUGAUGAAAGUACCCACACGUGGACCUCACUGUAUACCAAAGGCUUAUUCCAGAACCUUGGUAGGUUUCUAUGAUGUGUUGUGUUUUUUGUGCGUGAUUAGCAUGCUUUUACUUUAGUGGGGUAAAUAAACCGGAGAAAUGCUGAUAGAAAUCUGAUCACAGUCACUUCAGAGGUUCAGAGUUGGCCUUUAUGUGUCUUCUUACUCACUUCAUCACUAUUAUUUUUUAUGGCUUUAAAGGGCUGUGUUUAAAAUAAAUGUCAGAUUUGAAAGGCUGUUAUUUUGAACGUUCUUUAUAAGCAUGUAAUUAUGUCAUGGCACACAGCCAAAACUUGUCUAAUAAAGAUGAAGUGUUCUGAAUGGUUGAUAAAUUAGGUUUUGCUUUUGCAUCAUGGGUCAAAUAUUUCAUUCGUUAUUUUCUUGUUCAUUGCAGAUACCUUAUAUUUGUAUCUAGAGUAAGAAGGUUUUGUGAUCACAUUAAAUGGAUUUUUUCAGCCUUUUAUCAUCUUCACAAGACUGUUUAACAUUAGUACCAUCUCAGUGUUGUUACCACAUUCUGUGUUGAUAGGUCAUUUCUAGUUUUUACCAAUGUAUUGGUAUAUUUUCAUAAAGUGUGUAGUGUAUAUUUAUUAAUUUUGUAUGUUGAAUAAACUUUGUGCUAUUCUUCUAUAA